GAAACGUGAAACGUCAGACUUGACGUUUUUAGGUUAUUCCUUUUAACCUCGCAUUUUUUUGUUAAAUAUAAAAAAAUGACUAAAAACUAUUUCUUUAUAAUAAAAAAUGACUAAGUAAACGCGUGACUGAACGUAGUAAUUAUAAAUUAAACUUUAUCAGUGUCAAAUUUAUAAAUCGCUGGAUUUUAUCAAAGAAGUGUCAAGAAUAUGUAAACAAUGGCUACAUUUCACGUUUUGCAAGAAGGUCCUGUAAAUGCUUUAGCCUUAAAUAGAGACAAUACUCAAGUGGCAAUUGGUGGACGCAAUGUGUUCAAAGUUUACACAAUUGAAGAAGACAAAUUCCGCGAAGUGUGCAACUUGCGAGCAUCCAAACACCUCAAUCUGAGCUUUUCUUGCAACGAUGUUUCGUGGAGUUGGACUGAUGACCAUUAUUUGGCGACCGCCGCCACCAACGGCCAUGUCUGUGUUUGGAAUCUCACAAAAAUGGGCAAAGCAAUGCAAGAACAAGAUUAUCAAGAACACAAACGUACAGUAAACAAAGUGAAUUUUCACGCCAGUGAACCAAACAGACUCAUAUCCGGCUCUCAAGAUGGCACGAUGCGUUAUUUUGAUAUCCGCGCCAAAAACGCAGUUGCUAUUUUUUACAGUAACACAGAGAGUGUCCGCGAUGUGCAGUUCAGCCCUCAUAAUCCAUAUACUUUUGCGGCCGUUUCGGAAAACGGAAGCGUCCAACUAUGGGAUGUAAGAAGAUCUGAUAAAUGCCAACAGCAAUUUGCUGCACACAGUGGACCCAUUUUUGCCUGCGAUUGGCAUCCGGAGAACACGUGGCUGGCCACAGCCAGUAGAGAUAAAACUAUCAAAGUCUGGGAUUUGACAAGUAAACUGACUUUAGAAUAUACCAUUCAUACUAUAGCUUCAAUAGGACAUGUCAAAUGGCGCCCUCAACGGCGGUUUCAUAUAGCUUCAUGUGCUUUAGUUGUUGACUGUAGUAUAAAUAUUUGGGAUGUGAGGAGGCCCUACAUUCCUUAUGCCUCUUUCAAUGAACACAAGGAUACUCCAAGUGGAGUGGCUUGGAAAGAAGAUCCUCAUGUUUUCCUCAGCAGUGGUCGGGAUAGUACUUUGUAUCAACAUUCGUUCGAUUACGCUAGCCGGCCAGCGAAAAAAGCUAAUCCCCAAGGUGUCUCGUUAAAUAAUCGAGGCGAGAUUUUGUACGCUCACAAAACCAAUGUUAGCACCUUGGUUAAAGCACCAUCAGUUGGUAUAAUAAGGAAAACAUCAACGACUCAAGCACCUGAUCUUUUCCAUCUAGCGUCUAGUUUAAUGCAUCAGUUUACCUUGUCCACCGAAAACAAAUCCGAAUCACAGAUUUUUAUUGGCUUAGCCAAGAAUUACAUAUUGAGUGGACGGAGUUUAUCCGAAAUGUGCGAACAUAACUCGGCGGUGGCAAACCAAUACGGAAAAAACCAAAUUUCGGUCGUAUGGAAAAUAAUGAAAACGAUGUAUGGCGAAGAGUAUUUACAAAACAAUAGCAAUAAUAAUAACAAUAAUCGAGAAGAUGUGAUUUCGCAUAAUAACCUACCUCUGAAUAUGGGUUUGGAUCAUAAUAAUGACAACGAUCAAAGAUCGCGUGGUGGUGGCGACACUCCUGCCGCUCAAUUCAGCGACGAGACCGAAAACGAAGAUCAAGUCGAUCACAUCGCCAUCUACAAUAACGGCUUUCCCACAUAUCUAAAUAUCAGGACAGGGUUGCCGAAGGGAGAUUUCUCUUUCGGAGAGAACGAAUUGGAUAUGGAGUUGGACGGGAUUAUGACGGAUUUUCAGAGCGGUUAUCGCAAUUUCGUGACGCCUCAACAGGAUUUUGUUCUUCCGAACGAAGCGUUUCAUAUUAGACACGAAAUCAGAACUCGGUCCCCGCCACCCGACAAGUUCCCAAAUAAUUUUCCCGUGCUGAGUGACGACCAAAAUAUGCCGUUUGAAGAGCAACCCAAUAAUCUUCUCACAGUGUCCUGUUUGCCAAAAAUGCCCUUGUGGGACCCUUCGAGUAUCGUUUUGGAUGCUUUGAAACAUCACGCAAUGUUGGGGGACGUCCAAACGGCCGCUUGUGUCUUGAUUGUUCUCGGCGAGCAACGAAAAUGUUUGAGUGAUUUAGACGAAAGCACGCAAGAACAUUGGCUUUUGGGUUAUAUCGAAUUGUUAAGUCGAUUUCAACUGUGGAAUAUCGCCACACAAAUCAUCAAGUUAUCAUGGAUACCGGCCGUUGAACAAUUGAAUCAACAGUCGACUAGAUUCAACACGAAUUGCAGCAAGUGUAGUAAAGCGCUGCAAAGAAUUGGAUGGCUUUGUGACAGAUGUCAUUCGUCACAAUAUGCGGCUUGCAGUGUAUGUCAUCAAGUUGUUAAAGGAUUAUACGCUUGGUGCCAAGGUUGUUCACACGGAGGACAUUUAUUACAUAUGAAACAGUGGUUUGCUGUUAACAAAAUGUGUCCCACAGGGUGUAGACAUCUGUGCGAAUAUAAGUGAUUUUAUUUAUUUUUCCCACAAAAUGAAGGUCAUGAAUGUGCGUGAUUAAAGUGAGAUGUAUCGCAGUGUAAUUAUAAAUAAUAAUAAAGUUUUUUAUCGUCGUA